AUGAAGAUUAUCUUAUCAGUAUUACUUGUUAUUUUCGCAUUAUUUGUAGCAUCAUCGUUGGCUAUCGAUUGUGCAAAGUUGGACAGUCCACUCACUUGUGCUGCCUAUGAGCCACCUUGUUUCUGGAAUGGAAAGAAGUGCUUACAAAUUCACCGUAAGCUCCAACACUGUCAAAAAAUGGUGGAUGUUGACUCUUGUCAAAGUGAAAAAGGAAAUGGUUGUGCUUGGGAAGCUGCCUCUAGUUCAUGUACACUUGCAAAAUUCCAUUGUUCAUCAAUUAAAAACGAAUUUGAUUGUACCAUUGAAAACUGUGUUUGGAGUUACAAAAAAAACUCUUGCAGUGCCUAA